AUGGCCGCCACUUACAAUGUGCAAACAUACCUGCUGAAAAGAGCAAACAUUCAGGACACUAUCGUCCGGACAGUAUUGAAUGAGUUAAUCCCUGUGAUUUAUUUCGUCCCACUCACUGACUCCCUACAGAUGCACCUAUUCGACACCGGUGCGACCGCCGAGACGAUCAAUUCUGUUUAUACUGCUGAGAUCCACCUCGAUUAUGACGAGCUUCUCGGCUUCUCCCCCGAGGUGAUCUCCAGUGAGGCCUGGGCUAAGAGGCUGUAUCAAAUCCAUACGCCGUUCGAAGAAACGCAGCAUGUCAUUCAGUGA